GGCGCCGGCAGCGGUAGGACAGGCCGCGCCGUACGCCCGGGAACCGAGGUCCUCGGAGGAGUUGGUGCUGGGCGGAGUCAGAGCAGCCCUUGAGGUUCAAGGAGGCGGGGGAGACCUGAGCUCACGCUUGCUGAGACAGAAGUCACAGCAGGAUUAUGCCCCUCAGGGCAAGAGGAAGAGUUCAGAAACUGCCGCCGUAACCCAAGAACAAAGUUGCAUGCAGAGCCAACAUAAGAGCUUCAAAAUCGGGAUUCCUUACUGAGAAAGGCAGGGGCCUUAGCAAUCCAAGAAGCUUAGAAUGUCUGCUGAAUCUUCCCCUUCAGUGACCUUAUACUGUGGUGGCAGGUGGAAACAGUAGAUGUAUAACAUAAACCAGUCAACAGAUACCAAGGAAGCAGCAGCCAUCGAGGCCAGAAGAAAUCGAGAAAAAGAGCGACAAAACCGAUUCUUCAAUGUGCGGAACCGAGUCAUAGGGGUGGAUGUCCAGGCCCUGAACAACCAGGUGGGAGACCGAAAGCGUCGGGAAGCAGCAGAAAGAAGCAAGGAGGCAGCUUAUGGUACCAGCCAGGUGCAGUAUGAUGUGGUAGUCCAGAUGUUAGAGAAGGAAGAGGCAGAUCGAACACGUCGGCUGGCCAAGAAAGUCCAGGAGUUUCGGGAGCAGAAGCAGCAGCUCAAGAACGGGCGUGAAUUUAGUCUUUGGGAUCCAGACCAAGUCUGGAAGGGGCUUCCAACCUAUCUUAGUUACAGUAAUACCUAUCCUGGUCCAGCCAGCCUGCAGUACUUCUCUGGGGAAGACCUAGACAGGGCCACACGGCUGAGAAUGCAGCAGGGGCAGUUCAGGUACAACUUGGAAAGGCAGCAGCAGGAGCAACAGCAAGCCAAGGUUGAUGAGAAUUGUGCAGAUGCGCUCAGUAACCAGCUGCGCCUCGCCAUGGACGCGCAGGCCACCCAUCUGGCCAGGCUGGAGGAGUCCUGUCGUGCGGCCAUGAUGUGUGCCAUGGCCAACGCCAACAAAGCGCAGGCAGCUGUGCAGGCUAGGCGUCAGCGCUGUGAGCGUCAGCGUGAACAGAAGGCCAACCUUGCGGAGAUCCGGCACCAGAGCACAAGUGACCUACUGACUGAAAACCCCCAGGUCGCCCAACACCGUACGGCUCCCCACCGGGUCCUGCCCUAUUGCUGGAAGGGCAUGACUUCAGAGCAGCGAGCUGCCAUCAGGAAAGAGCAGGAAGUACAACGCUCUAAGAAGGAAGCUCACCGUCAGGCUGAGAAAACACUGGAUACUGAAUGGAAAAGCCAGACCAUGAGUUCAGCCCAGGCAUUGCUGGAGCUAGAAGAGCAGGAGAGGGAAUUGUGUGCUGUAUUUCAAAGGGGUCUAGGCUCCUUCAACCAGCAGCUGGCUAAUGAGCAAAAAGCCCAGCAGGAUUACCUGAAUUCAGUAAUCUAUACCAAUCAACCUACAGCCCAGUAUCACCGGCAGUUUAACACCAGCAGCCGCUAAGUUCAGGAUGUUUAUCUCUUCCUUCUCCUUCAUCAAGCUCACAGGCGGUUAGGAGUCAAAGAGAAAAAUGCUGCAUACUCCCACCUUCUAACCUAGGUAAUAAAGUUCUUCACUCAAAAUCAA